GAUUUGAUCCAGGUUGGUCAAACACAAGACAUAGCGUUUUCCUUGAUGGACAAAAAGCUCAAUUUUAGGCUCAUCUGACUUCUUCCAUAUAUUUGGGGAGUCUUCCACCCCCUCUGCUACAUAUCCACUUGCAUGUCAGUGAUGGCUAUUUCUUAUCUUUGAUUGGUGUUUUUCUCUGAAGAGUGUACAGAUAACCACGCCCCACCCAUCUUUUGCUGGAUUUGGAAAUGUGACGUCAUUGGAGGCAAAUGGUGAUGGGAAGUGGAUCGAGCGCUGGAAAAUUGAGUGCCAUUCCCCUCUCUCGGUCCGAGGUGUUCGGAGAGCUGCGGAAGGAGCUGCAUGAUGACAAGGAGUUCCAUCAUUCCGACGCUCACAUCUUCAUCAUCAUGGGAGCAUCGGGGGAUCUAGCCAAAAAGAAAAUCUACCCAACUCUGUGGUGGUUGUUUAGAGAUGGUCUACUCCCUGAACAGACUCACUUUGUGGGCUUUGCACGCUCUGACCUGACGGUGGAUUCCAUCAAAACUGCCUCCAUGCCCUAUAUGAAGGUGGCAGACUCUGAGGCGGAGCGGUUGUCUGUGUUCUUCAGCCGUAACUCUUAUGUCAGUGGAAAGUACACCGAGGAGAGUGCCUUCUCCAACCUCCACACCCACCUGUUGUCCCUGCCCGGGGGGGGAAAGGCCAACCGCCUCUUCUACCUCGCCCUGCCGCCCAGCGUCUACCACGAUGUCACCAAGAACAUCAAGCACCACUGCAUGAGUACCAAGGGCUGGAGCAGAGUGAUUGUGGAGAAGCCAUUUGGUCGUGACCUGCAGAGCUCAGAGGAGCUGUCCACCCACCUCUCUUCCCUGUUCACUGAGGACCAGAUCUACCGCAUAGACCACUACCUGGGCAAGGAGAUGGUGCAGAACCUCAUGGUCCUCAGGUUUGGGAACCGGAUCUUUGGGCCCAUCUGGAACAGGGACAGCAUAGCUUGUGUGGUCCUCACCUUCAAAGAACCCUUCGGCACCCAGGGCCGGGGCGGCUACUUUGACGACUUUGGAAUCAUCCGGGAUGUCAUGCAGAACCACUUGCUCCAGAUGCUCUCGCUGGUUGCCAUGGAGAAGCCUGCCUCCACCAGCUCUGAUGAUGUCAGGGAUGAAAAGGUGAAGGUGCUGAAGUGCAUUGCCCCCAUUACCAUGUCAGAUGUGGUGUUGGGGCAGUAUGUGGGUGACCCAGAGGGAGAGGGGGAUGCCAAGCUGGGUUACCUUGAUGACCCCACUGUCCCCAAAGGCUCCACCCAGGCCACCUUCACCACAGCUGUGCUCUACGUGCACAACGAGCGCUGGGAUGGUGUUCCCUUCAUCCUGCGUUGCGGCAAAGCCCUGAACGAGAGGAAAGCGGAGGUGCGGUUGCAGUUCACGGAUGUUCCGGGGGACAUCUUUGGAGCGCAGUGUCGUAGGAAUGAGCUGGUGGUGCGUGUGCAGCCCAACGAGGCCGUCUACGCGAAGAUGAUGAGCAAGAAACCAGGAGUGUAUUUCCACCCGGAGGAGACGGAGCUGGACCUCACCUACAAAAGCCGAUAUAAGGAUGUGAAUUUGCCCGACGCCUACGAGCGUCUCAUCCUGGACGUCUUCUGUGGCAGCCAGAUGCACUUUGUCAGGAGUGAUGAGCUGAGGGAAGCCUGGAGGAUCUUUACGCCUCUCCUUCAUCAGAUCGAGAGCGAGAAACCUCCCCCCAUCCCCUACAUAUAUGGAAGCCGGGGUCCAACAGAAGCAGAUGAGCUAUCAAAGAGGGUUGGUUUCCACUAUGAAGGAACAUACAAAUGGGUCAACCCCCACAAACUGUGAAACAGGAUGGCAGGAGAGGGGGAGGGACCAGAGCGGGGUAAAUGAGCAGCAAUACUUUGGUCUGAUGGAGUUAUUGCUCUUUCCUUUCCAGACCUGUCAGGGCAACAGUCAACAGAGAGAUUAGGAUAUAUAUGCAUGUAUGGAAAGGAAGCUAUGUAAAAGUAUGGGAACAGACUAGGUCUCAGCUACUACAUGAAUGCUCAUCAGGUCUUAACUAGUCGGGGGGGCACUUAACCACUGGGGAUGAAGGGAGCGAGAGAAACACUAGCCACAUUUCUGUUUCUCCCUCUUCUUCCUGAAGUGUGCACUCUUUUGGUUCUCUUAAUGGAUUCAAAAGCUGUGGUUGUGAUCUGAUUCUCUACCCUGCCACUGCUUGUUUCCAACAUACUCCUCACACCUUGAGGUAGUGUUCGAAUACAAACUUCAGGGAAAAGGGGGUGAAACAGAAUUAGGCCAGAGUUGUGACAUUAGUAACCAUAGCUAUCAAAAGUUGGAGAUGGAGAACAAAAUGUAGAUAACCCAUUAAUGGUGGGAAUUACAAUGAAUGUCUACCACCCUCCACUAUGACCACAUGUAUAAACUGAUAUAAUUGUACUACUUUAUAAUGCUCUGCAGUUGUUGUUUUUACUAUUAAGGUUAUCCUUUUGUUUUUCUCAUGCUAUUUUGGACCAAGGAAAACCAUGUUGCAUAGUAAUAAUCCUUAUUGUUAUUAUGAAGUGGGUUCAGAACAUGGUGGUUUAAUGCAGAGGUCAAUAUUUUCUGCAGGCAGUUUCUCAUCUUGAAUUUCUUAAGAGCAACAUUGUAUUUAGAACAAAGCUUUGGUGUGCUGAAUUCCAAGAACUGAGUUCUCUCAUUCUCACUCUGUUACUUUGCUUUUUGUUGACAUUUUCUUACAUUUCCAGGCAUGGCCUAUUGAAGUUAAUGAUCAUUUUGGAUAAGAGUUUAGAAAUGACAAGGUCUGUCACAGGGUCAACAUAAUGCUGUCUAUUUAAUGGUAUACUGUGUUAUAGACUGAACAUUCACAUGUUAUUUCCAGAACUUAUUUUUGUGUUCAGUCUCCAUUGAUACAGGUAUUUUGUGUUUAAGGGGUUGGUCUCUAGAAGUAUCUUGCAUUCUUGUCACAAUGUUGCUGCUUUUUUUUGUUUUUAAUUUAUAUGCUCAAUAAAUAGAUUUGCAUUACAA